AUGACAGUGGAUGCAAUCCUUCGUGACGUCUCUAAGUCUCCAUUGAGUAGUUGGUGGCUCGAAAAGUUCGACACUGACGUCGUCCCCAACAUUUAUGUUUCGCCAGUGCAAAGCAGGCUCCAGUACCCGGCCUACCACCUAACAUGCUAUCUAGAGCCAAACAGCCACUACGCCCGGACUCUGACCACGGCAUCGGAUAGCAAAAACUCGGGCAUCGAGGAAAGAGAGAUACGAGAGAUUGCCAAAGACAUUUUGUCUCGUCUCAAUAAAUGGAGCAUGAGGUUGGACCUUAGGCAUGUUCUCCAGGGCGUGACCAUCGGGUCGAGAUUCCGGCUUGAUGACACCAACGGUAUGACGGGCGACGCCGCCGGAAUAUGGCUUGCGCCCAACUACGAACUCCAUAAGCGAUACCUUCCUAUGUCACGGCUAACGGAGCUCUGGAAGCCCUACAUUGCGAGCUCGGAGCUACCCCCACUGAUCGAUUUCGACGUCCUACGGUCUAGACGUCGCCUCCACAACUCUAUUUCAGAAGUCUUGCUACCCAGCGGGGAAGUGGUUAUCUUCAAGAGUGUCAUUCGGGUCGUCGCUAGCAUGUAUCAUGAGAUGUGUGAGCUCCUGCGGAUGCCCCCGCAUCCCAACAUCAUGAGCCGACCGCAGUACAUUGUCACUCGCCGGGUCUCAGGUGCUGAGCAACCAAUUGUGUGCGGUUUCAUACUCAGGUAUUUGCCUGGCGGAUCCCUUCUUGAGUGGCUCACAACAAACCAGUCCGAGCCAGCCGUUUACCAUCCUCUCCUCCUGCAAACCAAGAUAAAAUGGAUCCGGCAAAUCAUCUUGGCCCUUGGACAUCUCUAUGGCCCCGCAAAAUCCUUUCAUUCGGCUCUACGGCCCGAUAACAUAGUCAUAGACGAGAACGACAACAUUGUGCUGGUCGACUUUGAGCAACGUGGUUCCUCCCGCCGAUGGCAAGCGCCCCCGUUGUGA